AAAAAAUAUGAAAAUUCAGACCGUUUUCGUCUUACUUGGUGGUCUGAAUCGAAAAUUCAUACUUUGGUACGAAUAUUCAGACUAACUGUCAGAAAAGUGUGACUUGUUGUCUGAAAUUUGAGUUCAGACCGGCAGGUCUGAAAAUUUCUAGUGACGACUGUUAAGUUUUGUACCGGUUGACCGAAAUAUUGUACUUUGCCGUCCGAAACCUAAAAUCGUACUGGAAAGUACGAAAACCAGCGGUACCGCCCUUUCUGUGGCCGCCCUUCAGCGCCUGUGGGCCGUGGGGUAGGCCACCAGCCCAUCCUCCAACACACCGGUGUAGAGGCGGUGGCCUGCCUUGCCGGGGGCCAUGGUGGGGGCUACCGGAGUGUUGCAGUAUGGCCACUGCCUGCGUGGAAAUAUCUUUGAUGUUCCUGUAGGACUAUACUGUUUUACUAUUUUAUUGAAUUUUUAAAAUGUCCCAUAUUGACAUUACUUGACAUCCAUUAAUGGAUUCAUCUCAACAAGGUUUCGAUGGGAAAUGAAAAGUUUAUUGAAUUUUAAGAGCGCUCAAAUGGCCAAAAUGAUCCAUUCUAUCGUAUGAUAUGUGUUGACAUUUUUGGUUCAAUGUCCGGAAAGUGAUGAAAAUGUUGGCAACUUUGAAAAUUCACUUAAACUCAAGCCCCUUAAAAUUAUAACUGAAGUACGGUAUCCACUUGGUGGUGUUGUGUUUCUCACAAUUCUUGUUGUACUUUAUAGUCCUUGUUCUACUUUUGUUGUGCUUCUGUUGUACCAUCUGCACUUUAUUUUGCGGAGUGCAUUCAGAGUGAGCCACAGUUGUUUGAUUUAUAUGUAAGUUGAUAACUUUUCCAGUCCACUAAAUUUCAAAGUUUAAUUUUGAUCUACAUUUGUUUGUAUCCAUGCAUUGAGAUGGCACGUUUCAGUAAGUUUGAUGAACUCUUAUCUCCCAUUAAAGAUUUGCUUGAAGUUAAGUCAGGUUUUCACAACAGGGGAAAAGGCAAAAAAGGGUAACGAAUCAAUUUCAUUUUCUUGAAUAUGUUAUUAAGACACUAAUGUACAAUCAACACUUUCAGAACAUCUUUAUAAAAUAAUACUAGAACAAGUAGUCAACAUUUAAUAACAUAGAUUAACAGUAUUAAUUUGAGAUCAGUCAUGAUACAGCAUGAGACUUAUAUUAAAAUAAAAGAACAAAGUAAGGAAGCUUCUGCAGUGCAAUACUAUAGGUAUUUGUAUACUAAAACUUAAAAUCACAAUGAAUCACUAAAGCAAUGGAAAUACAUGCCGAGCCAAAUUAGCUUUAUCACAGAAUAUAUCAUGGUAUGCAUGAGAACCACGUAGUCAAGUACUUAUUAAAAAGGGUCAAAUGAUUCUGAAUUAUCUAUUCAUUCGAGUCACUCUCUUGAAACAGCUGGCUCUGGGUUACAUCGUAGCCAAAAAUUAGCAUGUGGUCCUCUGGUUGUCCGUGCCACUUACACAGGCGCCUCACAUAGGUCCUUGCUUGCUCUUCGGCUUCAGCUUCAGUCCCUGCAAGGCACGAACAGAAUUAAUAAACAUUGAUCCAAGUUUGGAAUCCGAAUGAACUAGACUCAAGAGCAAAUUUAGUGGCAUUAUUGUCUGAGAUAUGGUUGGUGUCACAUAUCCAUCAAAGGGCAGAGAGUUAAUUCAAAUUUGACUUACCACCAACACCCAGUACUACAGCAAGCUGCUUUUGUUGCGUCUCUCGUUCCAAAGUGAGUAUGUCGCCCCCAACAUACACACGUGUGUCAGCAUCGAAGUCCUCUACAUUAGCUAUCCAGCCAUCCUCCAAAAAGAUAACUGUCAAAACAACACAGCUGAUAUUGGGGUCCACGGAAAAUUGGGUUGCCAUUGAGAAGUCGGUGCAACACAAACGACGGAAGAAACUGGACGACUGAUGGCGGCGGAAUCAGCUGAUUGAUGGCUACUGAAGUGGUUUUGGUUUUCUAUUCAUAACCUCUAACUUCACAACAGGUGGGCGAAAAGAAAACGAAGCGCGAGAAGGGGGAGAAGAAGAAGAAUAAGAAGAAGAAGUAGGGGAGGGAGGCCAAAAGUAAAGAAGAAAUUAAAGAAAAAGAAAGCAGUGGUGUGGUGUGGGUUGGUUGGUUAGGAGUAAGAGUUAUCCAAAGUUUUCGUUUCUCGUUCUCCUGUAUGCCAUUUGUGCAAACAGCUUAGUUUGGAAAGAGCCCUGUUAAUGGAACUAAGGUUAGAUAUUAUUCUGAGAUUGACAAGCAGUUUGCUACCACAAUGGACAUGUUAUUGCUCAACUGGUUGAAACAGUUAAUUUUUGUAAUGGUAUUGAGUUAAAAUAUAAAAUAGUUAAUAAGUCUGCAAGUUAUAAUUUGCACCUGAGGUACUUUAGAUUGAGUGUUAUGAAGGAAUAGAAAGAGCUUGUUUAAAUCUGUUAAGGUUAGGGAGCAGGAUAGAAGCUACGAAUCAAAGGUGGAGGUGUUCAGUGUUAUCAGUGUGGAGUAUAUUUGUUUCGGCUGUCUUUACAAAUUUAGCUUCCCCACCGUGACAACUUAGCUUCACUCUGUUAUACCGAAUGACUUUUACCUUUGCGUCUUUGCUUCUUUAAAUCUUACGCUGCUCUCAGUACUAAACGGAUUGAAAGAAGCUCUUUUUAUUCCAUCAUAACACUCGAUUUAAAGUACCUCAGGUGCAAUUCUUUUACUCACAGGCUUAUUUACUGUUUUACCUUUUCGCUUACUCAGUGCCAUUACACAAUUUACCUGUCUCCAUUGUGGUAGCACCUUGAAUGACGAUUGAUUGAUUAAAUGUUUGACUAAUUCUAACCGAGACUCUAUUUUUGCAGAUGAAUAAUUUUUAACUUUUAUUUUACUUUGUAAUGACAAAGCUGGCACUGCAUCUUCAACAUAGGUAUCAAUCUUGAUACCAAAGAUAUUGGAUCAGUCUCCAUUCCUUUCUUUCAAGCAUCUAUGACUGUCCUAGGAUUAUUCUGCAGCUGACACAGUUUAUUUAACAUGGGUAAGAAAUGACUUGCAAAAGCAGUAGGAUUAAUGGACAAUAGUCAACAAUACUAUAUCUAACUACAACUUCUGUUGCAGAUAUAAACCCCGAUAUUUUAUUGUACAUUUUGUCACCAUGAAGCCCGGAGUGUAACUAGUCAUUUGCACCACAUCAGAUGGCAUCGCAACCUUUUCUAUUGUGGAUUGGAUCACUGUCUCCGUUCCUUCCUUUCAUACAUCUUUGACUGUCCUUGGAUUAUUCUGCAGCUCACACUGCUUAUUCAACAUGGAUGUAAACCUGAUAUUUUAUUGUGAAUUUUGUGGCCAUGAACCCCAUCACAACCUUUCUAAAUUUAUCUAUUGUGGAUCGGGUCACUGUCUCCGUUCCCUUCCUUCACACAUCUUUGACUGUGUCCUGGGAUUAUUCUGCAGCUGACACUGCCUUCUCAACAUGGAUGAAUAAUUUUUAGCUUUUAUUUUACUUUGUGAUGACAUAGCUGGCACUGCAUCUUCAACACAGAUAUAAAUCCUGAUAUUUUAUUGUGAAUUUUGUCACCAUGAAGCCCGGAGUGUAACUAGCCAUUUGCACCACAUCAGAUGGCAUCGCAACCUUUUCUAUUGUGGAUUGGAUCACUGUCUCCAUUCUUUCCUUUCAUACAUCUUUGACUGUCCUUGGAUUAUUCUGCAGCUCACACUGCUUAUUCAACAUGGAUAUAAACCUGAUAUUUUAUUGUAAAUUUUGUGAGCAUAAAGCCCGGAGUGUGACUAGCCAUUUGCACCACAUCAGAUGCCAUCGCAACCUUUCUAAAUUUAUCUAUUGUGGACUAGGUCACUGUCUCCGCUCCUUCCGGACAGAGAGCUGCUUUCGAAGCCAUGUUAUUAGGAACCACAAGGUUUACUGUAGCAACCGAAGAACCCCCAAUGCCCCGAUCCCUUCAGAUCAACAUGGAAAGUUUGUCUGUGGAGUUCAGCAUUGUCGCACCGAAUUCUUUGACCAUAGAAAAUUGAUGAGUCAUCUUCGGACAGAUCACUUGGAUAGUGAUUUACAGAUUCCUUGUCCUUUUAAGAAUUGUGGUAAAACAUUCACUUCUUCUCACUCCUUAUCUGGGCAUAUCUCCAAGAAACAUAAGAAGGCUUGUCAGGAACAGGGUACAGGUCAGAGUGUGAGAACUGAACCAGUUGAGCUUUAUAAUUUUGUACAAGAACUACCAAUUGACGUGGAAGAAAACUUCAAUGAUAUUGAUGUUGCUAGACCAUCUUCCAAAGAAGAGACCCUCAUCGGCCUUGCACAAUUUUACCAGAAGCUGGAAUACAAGCACAUGGUGCCUGCUUCAGUGACCCAGUAUAUAUCAUCAGAACUGAGAUAUUUACUGAAUGAUGUGAAUAGAACAUUUUUAAAUAAUGUUACAGCUGUCUUAGAAAGUGAAAAGCUACCACCUGGCCAAAUUUCUGAUAUUCUCUCCAGUGUUGUUGAAAAGGAUGAUCUGGCGGGCACCUGCAAUGCUUUGCGCUCAUCUUACCUAAGGAAGAAGUUUUAUAAGGACCGUUUUCAUUUUGUUUUACCUGAACAAGUUCCUCAAGAAAAUGGGUCAUUUUUCUACUAUGUUCCAAUUGAGCAGACUCUUCAGGCUGCUUUUAAAAACAAAAACUGGGAUUUUGCCUCAUACAAAUGUCCAAAACCAAAUGAAAAUGGAUUACUUAAAGAUUUUACUGAUGGAGAAGCCUUUAAGCAGAAUACUUUUUUUCAAGAGAAUCCUGAUGCCAUCCCUUUGAUUAUUUAUCAAGAUGGAUUUGAGCUAAGCAAUCCCAUUGGACCAGCAAAACAUUUGGAACAUCAGUUGGAAGGUAUCUAUAUGGCCUUCGGUAAUUUACCUUCCAAAAUUCGUUUUGAAAAGGAUUCAAUACAGCUAAUUGCACUGUGCAAGAAGAAUGAAUUUAGUCGCAAAGAAGUUUAUGCUCAGAUCACUGAAGAUAUCAUCAAACUUCAAGAGUCUGGAACAGACAUUCCAAAUGUGGGCAAUGUUAAAGCUGGACUUGCUUUUGUUGCUGGUGACAAUUUAGGGAGCCAUGGACUGGCAGGGUUGGUUGAAAACUUUAGUAGGUCCACAUACUUUUGCCGUUAUUGUCUAGUACAACGAAAACUAUAUUAUAGAAGAGGAGGAGAAACCAGAGUGUUUGCAACAAGAACUGUUGAACAAUACAACAAUGCUGCACGGAAAGCUAAAGUUGAUCCAUCAGGAAAGAUAAAAAGCUUUGAAGGUGUUAAGUUUGAUUCUCCUUUCAAUGCGAUUCCUGGUUUCCAUGUCUGCACGGGCUUGCCACCAUGCUUGGGGCACGAUUUAAUGGAAGGUGUAAUAGCCCAUGAUUUAAAACUGUUCAUACAGUAUUUUGUUAGAAAAGGAUGGUUUAAAAUUGAAGAACUAAAUGAUAUGAUCAAAAAAUUUCCAUAUGGCCUGGAGGAUAGGAAGGAUCGGCCUCCAAUCAUCAAGAAGCUUGAGAAAUCAAAACUUGCGGGAAGUGCAUGGCAGAUUUACAUUCUACUUCGCCUUUUCCCUCUGAUAAUUUAUGGUCAUGUUAAGGAUGCUAAAGAUCCAGUUUGGAAGCUUCUUUUGCAAUUGCAAGAAAUUACUGAAAUUACUGUUUCCCCUGAAAUUCACGUUUCACAUUUAGCAUCAUUUCAGUGUCUUAUUGAUGAAUACUUGGUGUCCAGAAGAGAACUGUUUCCAUCAGUGCCUUUGAGACCGAAGCACCACUACAUGGGACACUACAGCACUUUGAAAUAUCUCUACGGGCCUUUAAUUAAAGUGUGGACUUUGCGAUUUGAGAGCAAGCACACAUUUUUUAAACGCUCUUGGAAAUCAAGCAAUAACAGCAUAAAUAUUCUGCAAACCCUAGCUUUCAAACAUGAGUACUUCCAAAGCUGGAUCAGAAGUGGUGGGGGCUACAGAAGUGAAGUAGAAGUUGGAGAAUGUACUCAUUUUAACAAGUCUUUAUAUUCAGAUGCUAUCCAGAAAGCUGUUUCUCAACUUUCUCAACCAGUGAGCUUAGAUGAAUGUGCUUCUGUGACAGUGAAGGGAACUUUGUAUAAAAAGGGAAAUGUUUUAAUCCUCAGACAAUUAUCCAAUUUUGGAGACUUAUUUCAUGUUGGAAUUAUACACUUAAUUUUUGUUGACUCGCAUGGAAAUGUAUUGUUUCUUGUCCAGCAAGCAGAAGCUGCUCUCGUCUACAAGUAUGGAGCUUUCAAAAUUAAGAAAUUAACUGACUUUGAGUGUGUAAAGCAAAAUGAUCUCAUGCUAAGUUAUUAUCCUCACUGUACUUACAUAAGAGACACAGAAACAUAUGUUUGUCUGAGGCAUGCCGUAGUCAGCCAGAUUUUGGACUUUUAA